UGAACGUCUCGUCGCUGAGCCAGGCCGCCAGGCUGAGCUGCUUCAGCGUGUGCUUCAGUCAAGCGUUGCCUUCGGCCGCGAAAAACGGUUAGCGAGUUUUUUCCGCGUUCUUCAACACCGUGCGCUUUGUUGAACUCCACGUAUUGAGAAAAUCACUCGCUGAAAGAAAACUCGGAGGCAUACUAAAACCCUGCAUGCAGUACCAAGACAGAAAGGCCACCUAUAUGCUGUUUGCUGGGCUCUCUCUACUCGGCACACAAGACAUAAGCUUCCUGGCCUGAUGGAGGGUGAUGGCCGCAGCCGCAUCCCGAGCCUCCUAAGGCGCAGUGCCUCCGUGCGAGUCCGAGGGGAGCGGCAUGCUGCAGCGCCUUCCUGCUGCAGCCACCCGUCGGCCGAUGGGGACUCGGUGGGGAGCACAGCCAGCCUCGUGUCCUGCGGCUCAGCCACGGGCCGACCAGCUGGCCAGCAGUCGGCAGCUACCUCCGUGGAGACAGCUGUGUCGUGUCACCGGCGUGGCAGCUGCCGCUCAGUGCUGCACUGCCAGCGUCCCGUGGAGACCGACAAUUACCUGACACCCACGCAGCGGAAGGACCGUGAACUGCGACAGCUACGUGCUGCCUUGGCUCGAGCCACUACGGAAGCUCGUCUGCGUGACGAACGUCUGCGUGAGCUCACAGCACAGCUUCAGUCCCUGCAGACCUCGCAGGGCUUGUCCGUCGAGGGCUCCAGUGUGGAAGAGCGUGCUGCAGAGGGAGUCUCACUGGGCGACAGCGGCAUCAGCAGUGAUGUGCUGCCCUCGCACACUGAGAGUGUCCCCGAGGAAGUGCCUGAAAUGGAGGGAGGAGACGAGGGCAGCACUGGGCCACAGGCUGCUGCCGCCUCUGGGCUGCCUGAGAGCCAGGCUGUAAGUGGCGAGUCGGACGACUCAACCGAGUCGUUCCCUGAGGAAGAGGCAGCUCGGCGGCAUCCUUCGGCUGGCUCAGAGACAUUGCGCCGCAAGUACCGCCAGCUGAAGCAUCGUUAUGAGCAGCGCACGGAGAGCCUGCUGCAAAUGCUGGGAGACCUGAAUGUCAACAUUGCAGAGAGGCAGCCACCGCCGUGCGAGCAACAAGGCCCAUCUGCUUCAAGGCGUGCAGACGCACUGUGGCAGCACGUGUCCACAUGCCAGUCAACAUGCAUCACCAGAUACCUCGAGCUUCGACCAGCAUACGAGAGCACCCAGGAGCGUCUUCGGCACUUAGAACGGGAGCUGUCCGAGGCACGGGCCGAGAUUGAAAAGCAGGAGCGCUGGCACAGUGAGAUGUACCUCAAGAUGUACAGGAAGGGCCAGGAAGCAGCACAGUUUGAGCGAAAUGAGGAACUGCAGCAUCGUACCGAGGCCGCCAGUCCUUCGGCACUGCCAGCUUUCCGGGGGGUGCCUGGCACUGAGCGGCAGGCAGAGUACACGUUGCGCUUCCUCAAGGAUGCCGUGUACUACUUCCUGACGGACCGGUCCGAUUGCCGGGGACAUCUGAGCGCCAUCCAGUCCAUCCUGGGCUUCUCGGAGGCCGAGCGCGCCGCUGUGGCCAAGGCAUGGCGGCACAGGGGGCGCCUCUGAACUACGCUGCUGAGGUGUGUUCUUGAGAUUCCAGGGUCCCUAGGGCACGAAAAAUGGUGGAAAGUUGCUAUGUGUUCAGUAGCAGUGAGCGUAGGAGUGUCAUUGUCAGAGCUUGUUCCAGCUGCAUGAAGAUUAUGUGGCUUCAUUCUAAUGCUCCAACAUUUCCAGGCGUGGCUUUCACAUUUUUAGUACUGGCCAGGCCUCAUGAAAUGCACAGUACUUGAAUGACUUGCACAUCGAAGGAUUUGGAGCACCAUGUUGCGGGAGGGGCUGUGGAAAUGGCAGCUGGUCGGGAAUCCACAGAGUCAAAUGGUUGGCUUGUGUUACAUCGAUGUCAGAAAGAGGCAGCAUUUGGUCACAAACAUUUUAUUUUAUUUAUUUAUGCAUACUGCAGCCCCUUUAUGGUGCUAUUGCAGGAGUGGGUUAGACAGACAGUAGUCAUACAAAAAAACAAGUAAACAUUAACAUAUUAAAAAUUCACAAGAAAUAAGGCAGAUGACACAAAUGAAACUCAAAAUAACAGCAACACUGAGAGUCAGUACAAAAACGAGAAUGAGUCAAUACACUGUAACAACAAGAAAAUACAUAAAAUCAGGUGUAGUUAACUUUUAACAGGAAAUCGUUUAAUAGCAGUGACCUAAUUGUUCUGGGAAUUAAGUUCCAGAAUUCAAUAGUACGUGGGAAAAAGAUGUACUUAAAUUUAUUGCAUCGAGCAAAGUAAGGCUUAAUAUUAAGGCUAUGGUGACUCCUACUUGACCGAGGAAUAUCUGAAGGAAUAUAUAUGGGAUGUGAGACACGAUAAGAAAAAUUGACGAUGCCAUGCGGAAACUUCAAUGACUCAAUGUGACGGCGUAUGGAUAAAGGAGUUAGGUUCAAAGUAGAUAAGGCACGAGAGGGUGAGAAAUAGUGAUCAAAGCGACAAUAUAUAUCUUGGCCAUUUGAUUUUCACAUUACACCUUGUCCCCGAAAGCAACAGGAGUCUUCAGGUAUGCUAUGCAUUUAGGGUGCCCCUUGGGAUAUGCCAAAGAAACAGCUCUUUUAUGCAUUUGUUGGGAAGCAGUUACAGUGCAUGUCUUCAGUCAGUGCACUGGUGUGCUCUGUUGUUGGCUGGCACAUUGAACAGCUACUUGGUGGUUAUCCAGCUUGGCCGUAUAAGUUCUCUUGCUUGUACUCGUACUGAAGUACGGAUGGCCGUUGCAGGCGAGCCACAAACGGCUAUGGAGUGAUUAACAGUGCUAGAGCGCCGCUGAAGCCAAAAUUUCAACAAAAAGAGUUCAGUUGGCCGACACAAUCAGCCUUGUAUGCACUGAACGCAACCACGUUGGAAACUGAGAGCCACAUGCAUGACACCCGCACAGGUUGUUUCCUUUCGCAGCCGGUAGUCGUUUGUGUUCUUAGAACGGCGCCCCUCUUUGAGACAGGGACUGCCGCGGACGGCGCGCUUUCGCCGCGGUACCCAAGAUGCGUGGACACAUUGCGUACAAGCGCAUGUAACCAAAGGCCAAGCGGCCGCCUCGCUCCACCGGAUACAGGCGCGUUCUUGGCAGAGGUGGCAGCGUUCCCGUGGCGGUGGGGGGAGACAGUGUGUACGCCGUCGAGCGUGCGUGUGUAAUGGGAGACCUCGCAGCCGCGUUGUGCGAGUGUGUGAUUCUGCGGCAUGACUGGGAUUAGUGGCUUGGAGGGCGAUUUAUGGUUUCGCAGAACAUGCCAGUGCACCUGGCUGGCUGCACCAAGGCGUGUGUACCCCAAGCAAGAGGGCCAUGUGGCAUUCAUUUAAGUGUUGCUGAUCUCUGUGUUCCAAAAACUGGACUAGUAAAAAGGGGCAGUCAUAUAGUGUAUUGUUGAUGGUCCUGCCUACUUUAACAUCAAACUGAUUGGUAGAAUGUGAGCGAGGAAGCCGAAAAUAAGGGUACCGCCGCAGUUCUCAAGAGUAUUUAAGAGAGUGUGUAUACUAGAAGAAAAGGGAAAAAGCAAGCGAGCCGAUAAUCGGCUACCGCUAAUCAAUGUAUACAACUUUGUCUUAAUAAAGCUAUGUAAGUGUAAGUUGGACACCCUGAGUGCAAAGUGUCGCGGACGGCAGUGAUCACUCCUUGAAGAUUUGUCUGCCUGGAAGACCUGAAAGAGAAGAAACUUAACUAAAGGGCUUCUUGUCCUUAUCCACGCAGCAAGUAGUCUUUCUUUUUUUCUGUUUGUUUCCUAUUAGUCUUCGUAAAGCGGUCCUUGAAAUAUGUGAUUAAUUCCUUAUUUAGGAAGUUUGUUAUUGUCUGCUGUACAAUCUUGCGGUCAGAGCUUAACUUUCGGUAACACAUAUAAUUACUGAGCUGUCGGUGAGCUGCUUAUCAAAUGUUGCCUUCAGUGACAUAUCUUGUUCUAGCGCUGUUACCUACUUAACUAAAGCUUCCAUUUUCAUGUGAACCUGUCUCUUCUAUUCGAUCAAGGCUAUGUGGCAUUCGGAUUUGAUGCAGGCACUCUGCAGACGAAAUUCUCAGCAAGAAGCAAUUAAGCUGUUCUAACUCUCGUAGUGCAUGCGUCUAAGCUUUAUUUAUUUUUUUCACUUGCCGAGUACAAACAUGCGUGCAAGAAGGUAGGCGUCCACAGCAUGGUUGCCUUCAGUACUUGUGUCUUGCGGCAUUUUCCUUGUCUCUGGCCCAAGAUGUAUGCAGUUGUGUAAGCUGUGAUCGAGUUGAGAUCCAAAGAAUUUCUGAAACUUCCUCUUGCUAGAGUUCUAGAGUUGCAUCUUAUGUGGCGAGUAUCAGCGAGUGUUAUCAGUAGUUGUGUUUAAUUAUUUUCAAAGGAAACAAUGUGUUCAUGGUGGUUGGUUCCAGUUGGGCCAUUUUUAGUGUUAUAUAAGGCGAAGUCAUUUUUGCCGAAUGAUUGUAAAGUUGGCAAAAUCAUACCAAUCUUCAAGUCAGGUGACAAGAGCGAUGUGAGUAAUUACCAUCCCAUAUCACUAACUACCGUUCCCUGCAAGUUACUCGAACACAUCAUGUUUACUAAUGUCAUUCAUCACUUAGAAUGUAAUAACUUCCUUUUUAAACAUCAGCAUGGUUUCACAGAAGGCCUUUCAUGUGAGACACAACUAAUUGAAUUCACUAUGAAUCUUUUUCAAAAUAUGAACGACAAUGCUCAGACUGACUCAAUAUUCAUUGACUUCUCUAAAGCAUUUGACCGCGUUGCUCACUGUCGCCUCAUUUCGAAACUCUCAUGCUUAAACAUUUACGAACUAACAAUUUCUUGGAUAAGAAACUUUUUGUCUUUUCAAAAACACUCCACUGUCAUUGACCAGUACUCUUCCCCUUUCAGUAACAUAACAUCAGGCGUACCUCAGGGAAGUGUCCUUGAACCUUUACUCUCCCUGAUUUUCAUCAAUUACUUGCCAUCUAACAUUACAUCCAAUGUUCGACUAUUCGCAGAUGACUGCGUUAUCUACCGUCAGAUCCGCUUCCCCGCUGAUCAUAUCGCUCUUCAGCAUGACCUUCAAUGUGUCACUAACUGGUGUUGCGAUUGGCAAAUGACCCUGAACACUAGCAAGUGCAAUUUAAUGACAUUUACUCGCAAAAAAUCCUACUCUAUUUUCAGUUAUUCACUUGGCAAUAGUAUCGUCGCUCGCACAUCUUCAUACAAGUGCCUUGGCAUUAUUCUAACACGCAGCCUUUCAUGGUCAUCCCACAUUGAGAAAAUAACUGCUAAAGCAUCACACACUCUUAGAUAUCUAAAACGUAGCCUUCGCAGCGCUCCUUCCCUCACCAGAAAGAUAGCCUACCAAACAUUAGUGCAACCCCAGCUCGAAUUCGCAGCUUCUAUAUGGUCACCUCAUCAGGCAUAUCUAAUCCAUCUUCUCGAGUCGAUCCAAAACCACGCUGCACGUUUCAUUGCCAGAGAUUAUAGCCCAUUUUCGAACGUAACUAACAUCAAGUUGUCGUUGUCGCUUUCAUCUUUGAAAUCACGCAGGAAUAUAGCAUUAAUUUGUCUUCUGCACAAAAUCAUGCAUAAUGUACGCCCAUCUACUUUACCACUCGUUCGUCCCUCCCACACAUCUAGACAUCUGCAUAAUCAUCUCAAUUUCCAAUGCAUCUUCGGUCACACCAAUGCAUUCAACUGCUCAGCUUUGCCACGUGCGAUUGCGCUGUGGAAUGGUCAUCCUGAUAACAUCGCUGACAUUAACGACCCAUUAACCUCCAGACAAACAAUCAGUGAAUAUUUGGCUAGUACUUAGCUAAAAACAAGUAUCUGUUUUAGUUUUGUUGCUCUUAACUUCAUUGUUGUGUAUUGAUGUAAGCAUUUGUUCUAAGGUUUGCUUUACUGUAUGCUGAAAAGCUAACAACUGUUAGUUUACCUUCUUUUCUUUUUAUCUUUAUUUUGCGUUCUUUGUUUAUUAUUUGAUUCUCGUUCUGUUCAUAUUUAUGUAACAAAAAACAUGUUUUUGCUCCACAAUUAUUAUCAGUACUGCCCCCCUCACGCAAUACUCCUUCUGGAGGCUGUGAGGUAUAUGAAAUAAAUAAAUAAAACAGAUGCUACAUGCAACCAGCCUUUCUCCUCAACCACGCUUUGCAAACUGUGUUUUCUUUUUAUUUAUGGAUACUGCAGUCUCGAAGAGAGAUCAUAUCAGGUGAGGUACAUAAAAAAGUGUUUACAGUCGCCGACUGUUUAUUCGGACCUCACGGGGACUGCGGAAAUGUCCGACUAAACAGGUGCCCAAAAAAGCAGAUUGAGGAGAAAGAAAGAAAGAAAUCCUUUAUUUCCACGCACUUAUUCGGGCUCGGCAGUAGGCUUGAAGAAAUCAUGAAUGCGCUGUUGCACGCUGUUCUGUUUACGCACAGUCAGAUAAGCCUGAAUCUCGGAGAGGGUCAUACGGUCACUAUAGGCGGCUGAAAGCACAGUCACUGCUUGUACCAGCUCCGCAUGCGACGGCAGUGUAGCGCAUGGUGCGUCAUUUUCCAACUCGGAGUCAUCGUCCGGUGGUGCAGCAGAAACCUGACAAAUGAUCUCGCCGUCAUCGAGUUCUGCGCAUGUCAGUACAGCAUGUCAGCACCUGCGAAACUGUCAAAUGAGACGGUGUCCGGAAUCGCAAUGCAACCGCUGCGCAGGUCCCCGCAGAACAUUUUCGGCGUCAGUAAGGAGCACGUUGGAAGGCGACAAAUCCUAGGCCUCCCGGCACCCGCUUGCCGGCAUGCUCCAGUGCAGUCUGCGCGGGCACUGUCGGCGCCAUUAGACACUUGACGCACCGUUUCCGUAUGCCACGUUGGAUCACCGCAACCUCGACACAGCACACAAAGCAAACACCACCCCGCCGACACCAGUCGCACAAACGAAAAACGUAGCCUACUCUCAACGUCAUGCACGAAGAAACAAACAAAUCAGCUGCUGGAUUGUCUUGACAUGGCUUACUAAGCUGAGACCGGAACUGCUGUAGCGACUCUAUCGAACCAGGCAGAAACGAUGAUGAUGAGCGGGGAUUUCCAGUAGUGCCACUUCGUGGGGCAGCAAGGAGGCUCUGUUCAAAACAAAAAUGGCGCUCAGCUAGUCGAACCAUGCACCGGUCAGAGUCGGUGCAUGGUGCUCUCGAUCGAGUUGGCUCAAGGAGUGUCCGAAAAAUCAGACGAGAGGUUGCAAGGUGUCCGAACUUUCGGCGAUUGUUAUGCAUUAUGGUCUAUGGGGAGAAUGGCGGUGUCGCGAAGCAGACCGAAUAAUCGAGCAUGUCCGAAUUUUUGGAGUCCGGAAAAUCAGUCAGUGACUGUACUUAAAAAUGCACAAACCUGAUAAAAUAAAAACACCACAUAUAUGACAGUGAAUGAAUAUAAGAAUUUGUUAAUUGUUGAAAGCAGAAGAUUGAUGAAUAACACAAAUUAUUUAGAUACAGAACAGCAAACCCUAAAUAAAACCAAAAAGGCAGAACAAGACCAACACUGCAUGCCUCUCUCACCCUUCGUUUUCAUCCUUUCGAUGGCACCAUUGCCUGACAUGGAGUGUAUUAAAAGGCCCACCACACUUUCAACAUUUCAAAGAAACCUGGUUUGACAGCCACAGCCCAAUAGCUUGCACUCUGCAGGGAGUGCCUAAAUGUCCAAAUAAUUUAGAGUCUGAAUAAUGUAUUCACUGGAGCUGUGCGAAUAGCAAGUGCAAAGCGUAUUCAAAUAAAAAAAAAUUGAGUGCCAAUUGAAUAAUUUCAGAAUAUUUUGCAAGUAUUUUGCAAAUAUUUUCAGAAUACUGCCAAGUUCAAAUUAGAGAUGAAAAGUUCUGGGAAGCAUGGCUGGAAAAAAAAAAAAAACAAA